CAGUAAGCUUUUUGCUCUCUUGUCAAAAACAUCUUUGUUGGCUUCCUUGUUUGGAUAUACACAACAUUUGUCAACGCGCUUGCUCAAUUACUAAGCAAAGUAAUUACAAGGAAUAUUUGGUCUUGCCGUGAAUCCUAGCUCAGGGAAGCCCUUGCCAAUUCUCCAGCGAUGUACACUCCAAUGUUUGAAAUGCACACUACCGUUUGGCCCAGCGAAGUUAAACUAAAUUCGGACUACCUCAACAAAGAGUUAUCAAACCAGUUCUACGCAUUGCCGCAAGAUCCACGGUCUUGGUCCAGAGAAGAAGUAAUAGUGUGGCUAUCAACGAUGCAAAACCAGCAUAGUCUUCCUCCAAUAAGCAGUGACCGGUUUCACAUGAACGGCAAAGCAUUGUGCUUAAUGAACGUAGAGAUGUUCGUGCAGCGCGUACCCCUCGGCGGAAAAUUACUGUACAAAGAUUUUCAAAUGCGACUUUCGUCCGCUCUAUACUCAUCCAAAAAUCUAUUGCCCCAACACGCCUAGUAAAUGGAUGGUGUCUACAAAUCAGUCUAUUUUCAAAACUUGUUUUAACGUAAAUAGGAUUGGAUUCUUGUUUCAAGGCAGCUAAACUAGUCGAUACCCAAAAUUGCUCCAAUAAUGCGUACGUUUUGUAUCUACCCUUUAAAACGAUUUUUGGCCUUUCUUUCAUUUUGCAUAUCUUCUCGCUUAUUUCAUGUAUAUUGUAUAGUGCAUGGAUACUGGGCUCAGGUACAAAUUCAAUGUAAAGUUGCAGUGGAUACGAGUGACUAACUUAUACCGGAUCGUCACGUGGGUUGGCUAGUCACCGUACAGUUAUCAGUCAGACAGAAUUGCGAACAGCACUGUUUGAACAAGUGAAAAUACAUGUAUUAACCAUU